AUGACCGAAGGAAAAUCGAAUGGCGAUCCUCAAGAAUUAGUUGUGCUUGUGGUUCCGGUACAGCACGUGAAGACGGUCAAGACAGCUCUGGAACAAAGUGGACAUCUCGACCGUUCAAGCAAGAUCACAGCUGAGACACAAGAGAUUGAACACAUCGAAGCUGCGAGACCAGCUUCAAGCAAGAUGAAUGCAUUGGCUUCACUUUCGUCAUAUGGGCCGGCAGGUGGGUCAGAUUCGUCGCCUACAGCACCUUCUGGGCCAACUGGCACUACGCAGUUUCCGGCUCUGCAAUUCGAUCCCAUCAGUGGAGAAUACAGAGACCCUGCCGAAUGGCAAUCUCUUGCAAGCAGCCUGCAUUUCGAUGUAGUCACUGGCCAAUACAGGAAGCCAGCAGAUCAACCUCAGUUCCCUAGUCUACGGUUCUGUCCAGAGAGUGGGCAAUACCGCAAGCCCGCGGAGUCGAAUCAAUUCCCCAGACUUGAUUUUGACCUCGUUGCUGGAGAAUAUCGGGAUCCAGCCGAGAUCCAGCAAUAUCCAGCUCUUGAGUUUGAUGUCAGGAAUGGUCAAUAUGAAGACCGCUCAGAAGAGCCUCGAUUGCAAUUUGUCCCAACCAGUGGGGAGUACAGACCUCCAUGCAAACAUCGUGGGUCAAAUCGAGGGAACAGCGUACAGCAACAGCGAAUGCGUAUACCCACAACAAUUCCCUACGAAUUCAACAAAGACGACGAACAUGGGUCGGGCUUGAAAGCUACGGUUCUCAAUCGCCUCGGACUAUGCGAAUUAUCACCAGUCAUGUCCCUAUCAAGCUCGACUCUCCACGACAACAUCAUGCCGAGACCCACAAAUAAGAACCCUCUGCAAAACGCCCUCCAAGCUGCCCUCGAAGAAAACCACGACUCCCUCCUCGCACCCCUCGAUCUCACCGCCAAAUCCCUAAUGUCCAACUUUCCGGACUCCUACUCCAUCUACACACCAAUGCUCCUCCUCUCCCACAACGCCUUCGCUUCUGCCCCAUGGCAAACCCUCCUCUCAGCCCAUCCGCUAGACUCGGACGCUCUCAAACCGCUCUGGAACCACAUCACCCGCGCCACGCACACAACCCAUAUGGCGCUUAACUCGCCCAUCCCCGCCCAAACCCCCUCAACCACAACCACCGACCAACCCAACAACAAUGACAACAACAAAACCCAUCCCAACAUCCUCCGCAGCCCCUUGAACAUCACCCCAAUCUUUGGAUCCUUUGGGCCCCCGCCAACACCCCAAUCCCUCACCUCCCCUACCCGCGAAGACUACGCCUCUGCCUUCUGGGUCCGCACCACGCAAAACGGUAUCCACCAGACCUGGGCACCGCUAUACACCAUGUUCAGCCGUGGCAACGUCAAAGAGAAAGCGCGGAUCUUGCAUUUCCCUGGCCCUGAUACCACUAGCAUCACCACCAACAACCACCAUGGUGACCGCGACAGUCAUACAGCCUCCCCGCCACCACCACCAACAAUAGCAGCCGACCUCUUCGCCGGCAUCGGCUACUUCGCCUUCUCCUACCGUAAACGCGCCACGCACCCGCCAACCAAAGUCCUCGCCUGGGAACUCAACCCCUGGUCCAUCGAAGCCCUGCGCCGCGGCGCAGCCCUAAACAACUGGUCUACGCGCAUCAUCACGCCCGCCAGUCUCGCUUCCUUUCUCGCAGAACAAAGCCAAGUUCAAGAUCAAGGUCAAGAUCAAGACCAAGACAUCCCAACCAUCCACCACGACUUCACCAUCUUCCACAUGAGCAACGAAAACGCUGCAACCACCGUCGCACAGCUAAGACGGCAGCGCCGCUUACCAGGUGCCAUCGUGCACGUCAAUCUAGGGCUGCUGCCGGAUUCAAAGGCGGCGUGGACACAGGCGGUCAGAGUUUUGGAGCCGGAGUGUGCAGAGGGCUGGAUUCAUGUGCAUGAGAAUGUUGGGGUUGGGGAUGUGGGGGCGAGGAGGGGCGAGGUGGAGAGGGAGUUUGCGAGGUUGGUUGCGGAGGAGGGACGGGGGUGUGGGGGGAGGGGGAGGAGGGUUGAGGUGAGGCAUGUGGAGCGGAUCAAGAUGUAUGCGCCGGGUGUGGUGCAUUGUGUGUUUGAUGUAUGUGUGUUUUUGCAAGACAGAGGAAGUGGAUUGGAUUAG